AAUGAUUCAGCGAGAUAUUCUGCGUUUCUCACUUGAAUCCACCAGCAGAGCGGCGAGAGCGCGCAUGUCGGAAGCCGUCUGUACGAGCAUCUUUCUGGCGAACUUUCCUGCAAAUAAGCCGCGAGAUUCUCAUCAACACACGCAGAUUUCAUUCGCCGAGUAUUACAUCUGAAAGAUGCUGUUAAGUUGGAAUUGCCAAAAUAAUUACCGAACAGAGUUUAGAAACUAGUAACCAUGAAGGUCGACAGAAGCAAGUUGAAGAAAACCCCCACUGAAGCGCCUGCUGACUGCAGAGCGCUCAUAGAGAAGCUGAAGGGAUGCAGCGAUGAUCAACUGCUCUUGGAGUUGCAGCACAUCAAAACAUGGAACAUUGGAAAGUGUGAGCUCUACCACUGGGUAGAUCUCUUGGACCGUUUCGACGGGAUCCUCUGCGAUGCAGGCCAGACGGUGGAGAACAUGUCCUGGAUGCUGGUAUGUGACCGACCAGACAACGGGCAGCUCAAAGCCUUGCUGCUGGCAGUACUCAACUUCACGGCUCUGCUAAUAGAGUACAGCUUUUCCAGGCACCUCUACAGCUCCAUAGAGCACUUGACCACGCUUCUAGCAUCAUGCGACAUGCAGGUGGUGCUGUCUGUGCUGAACCUCUUGUAUGUGUUCAGCAAGCGCUCCAAUUACAUCACCAGGUUAGGCUCAGACAAGAGGAGCCCUCUGCUCGCACGCCUGCAGCACCUGGCUGAGAGCUGGGGCGGGAAGGAGAAUGGCUUUGGCCUGGCUGAGUGCUGUAGAGAUCUGCCCAUGACGAAAUAUCCACCUAGUGCCACCACUCUGCACUUUGAGUUCUAUGCUGAGCCUAGCUCUGAGGUCAAAGUGGAGAAAAAGUCUAGCAGCAACACUCUACACUACAUCCACAUUGAACAACUUGAUAAGAUCUCUGAAAGUCCGUCUGAGAUCAUGGAGUCGCUGACGGUCAUGUACAACAUCCCUAAAGACAAGCAGACCCUGCUGUUCACACACAUCCGCCUGGCACACGGCUUCUCCAACCACAAGAAGCGACUGCAGGCCGUGCAGGCCAGACUGCAUGCCAUCUCCAUACUAGUGUACUCCAAUGCCCUCCAGGAAUCAGCCAACAGUAUACUCUACAACGGGCUGAUUGAGGAGCUGGUGGAUGUUCUUCAGAUCACAGACAAACAGCUGGUGGACAUAAAGGCUGCCUCUUUGCGUACUUUGACGUCUAUUGUCCACUUGGAGCGGACUCCUAAACUGUCAAAUAUUAUUGACUGCACCGGCACAGCUUCCUACCACGGCUUCUUGCCUGUGCUAGUCCGCAACUGCAUACAAGCCAUGAUUGACCCACUGAUGGAGCCGUAUCCGCACCAGUUUGCCACAGCUCUCUUUUCCUUCUUGUACCACUUGGCCAGUUAUGAUGCUGGUGGCGAAGCCUUGGUCUCAUGUGGGAUGAUGGAGGCCUUGUUGAAGGUGAUCAAGUUCCUGGGGGACGAGCAGGACCAGAUCACUUUUGUGACACGGGCGGUGCGUGUUGUGGACCUCAUUACCAAUCUGGACAUGGCUGCCUUUCAAUCCCACAGCGGCCUUUCUAUCUUCAUCUGCAGACUUGAGCAUGAAGUGGACCUGUCCAGAAAAGAGUGCCCUUUUGUCAUCAAGCCAAAGAUCCAGAGGCCUAGUACAACUGCUGAAACUGAGGACAUGGACACAGAUAUGGACAUGUCUGAAGUUGCCAUGGAGAGCAGCCCAGGACCCUCGACCUCCACAGGCUCCAAAACCGACUCUGACCCUCGUGCACAGAGCAGCACAGUGAGCGCACCCAGAGCAGGUGUGCAGUGCAUCCCUCAGAGGGCAGCGCUGCUCAAAUCCAUGUUGAACUUUUUGAAGAAAGCCAUUCAGGACCCGGCCUUUUCAGAUGGCAUACGCCAUGUGAUGGAUGGGUCCCUGCCUACCUCGCUGAAGCACAUCAUCAGUAAUGCCGAGUAUUAUGGCCCUUCACUCUUCCUCUUGGCGACGGAGGUGGUGACGGUGUUCGUGUUCCAGGAGCCAUCUCUCCUCUCCUCCCUGCAGGACAACGGCCUCACAGAUGUCAUGCUACAUGCAUUGCUCAUCAAAGAUUUUCUGUCUCUGCAGGUCCCUGCCACCCGAGAGGUGCUGGGUUCCUUGCCCAAUGUCUUCAGUGCCCUGUGCCUAAACGCCCGUGGCCUGCACUCAUUCGUCCAGUGCCAGCCCUUCGAACGUCUGUUCAAGGUUUUACUGUCGCCCGACUACCUGCCGGCCAUGCGACGCCGCCGCAGCUCUGACCCACUGGGGGACACUGCCUCUAACCUGGGCAGUGCUGUGGAUGAGCUCAUGAGACAUCAGCCCACAUUGAAAACUGAUGCCACCACAGCUAUCAUCAAGUUGCUAGAGGAGAUCUGUAACUUGGGCAGAGCUCCUGAGUACAUCUGUCAGAAGCCCUCCAUUCAGAAAGCAGACGGGACUGUUACUGUACCUCCAGCUCGCUCAAACCAUGCAGCAGAGGAAGCCUCCAGUGAAGAUGAGGAGGAGGAAGAGGCUCUCCACACAUUCACCCAACAGCAAGGGGAACCAGAAAGCAACAGGCAAGUGGUUGGCACGGAAGAGCGGAUUCCCAUUCCUCUUAUGGAUUACAUUCUCAAUGUGAUGAAGUUUGUGGAGUCCAUUUUGAGUAACAACACAACAGACGACCACUGUCAGGAGUUUGUGAACCAGAAAGGCCUUCUACCCCUGGUGUCAAUCUUGGGGCUUCCCAACCUUCCCAUAGACUUCCCCACGUCUGCUGCAUGCCAGGCUGUGGCUGGCGUAUGCAAAUCUAUUUUGACCUUAUCCCACGAGCCAAAGGUUCUGCAGGAGGGGCUCUGCCAGUUGGACAGCAUCCUGUCAGCUCUUGAGCCACUACAUCGGCCCAUCGAGGAGCCGGGUGGUUCGGUUCUACUGAGGGAACUGGCCAAUGCUGGUCAUGUUACUGAUGCCACGCUGUCUGCCCGUGCUACACCUCUGCUGCAUGCACUCACUGCUGCACAUGCAUACAUCCUUAUGUUUGUCCACACGUGCAGAGUUGGACAGAGUGAGAUCCGGGCGAUCUCCGUGAACCAGUGGGGCUCUCAGCUGGGGCUGAGUGUACUCAAUAAAUUGAGUCAGCUCUACUGCUCGCUGGUGUGGGAGAGCACCGUGCUGUUGUCCCUCUGCACACCCAACAGUCUCCCUCCUGGCUGUGAAUUCGGCCAGGCUGACAUGCAGAAACUGGUGCCUAAAGAAGAGAAACCCUCCAGCAGCGCUGCGACUAGUGGAGGCCGGAGAACCGGUAAAAAAACACUGCCCCAUGCUGAGGCGGAGGCUCUGUCUGUGGGAGUGGACCCCUCUGCACAGGGGCUGCUGGAGGGCAUGGGUCUGGAUGGAGACACCCUCGCUCCAAUGGAGACGGAUGAGCCCACAACCACUGACCCGAAAGCCAAGUCCAAACUCACUCCUGCCAUGGCAACGCGCAUCAAGCAGAUCAAACCUCUGCUCUCUGCAUCAUCUCGUUUAGGAAGGGCUCUGGCUGAACUGUUUGGUUUGCUGGUCAAGCUUUGUGUGGGCUCACCUGUCCGUCAGCGCCGUUCCCACCACACAACAAACACAGGCACUGCCCCAACACCAGCUGCUCGUGCAACUGCUUCCUCACUUACCAAACUGCUCACCAAGGGCCUGAGCUGGCAGCCUCCUCCGUAUACCCCCACCCCUCGCUUCAGGCUGACGUUCUUCAUCUGUUCCGUUGGCUUCACUUCGCCUAUGCUAUUUGACGAGAGGAAGUACCCCUACCACCUGAUGCUGCAGAAGUUCUUCUGCUCUGGAGGCCAUGAUGCUCUGUUUGAGACAUUUAACUGGGCAUUGUCCAUGGGAGGUAAGGUGCCAGUGUCUGAGGGGUUGGAGCAUGCUGAACUGCCUGAUGGGACUGGGGAGUUUUUAGAUGCCUGGCUAAUGCUUGUGGAGAAGAUGGUGAACCCCAGCACAGUGCUGGACUCUCCCCACUCUCUGCCUGCCAAGGUGCCUGGAACAACAACAACCACACCACAGUUCAGCGCCCUGCGUUUCCUCAUCGUCACCCAGAAAGCCGCCUUUAACUGCAUCCGCAGCCUGUGGAACCGCAAGCCACUAAAGGUGUAUGGCGGGCGCAUGGCCGAGUCCAUGCUUGCAAUCCUUUGCCACAUACUACGCGGAGAGCCAGUCAUUCAAGAGCGUCUAUCCAAGGAGAGGGAAGGCACCUCUCGUGCUGAGGAGGAUGGAGGCACAGGGGCUGGAGGAGCUAGUGGAGGGCCAGGAACUGGAGCAGUGGGGGAAGGUGCUUCUGGGUCUGGAGGUGGUGCUGUUACGGGUGGAAGCACUGCAGAUGACGGAAGCAGCUCCACGACCCGCAGAGAACCACAGGUCAACCAGGCUCAACUCACACAGCUGAUAGACAUGGGCUUCUCCAGAGAGCAUGCUAUGGAGGCUUUGCUCAACACCACCACAAUGGAGCAGGCCACCGAGUACCUUCUCACCCAUCCACCACCGUUACUCAGUGCUGCCAUUCGGGAAUUCACCAUGUCUGAAGAGGACCAGAUGAUGAGGGCCAUUGCCAUGUCUCUGGGUCAGGAAGUCAGCAUGGAGCAGCGCUCAGACUCUCCUGAGGAGGCAGCGCGCAGGCGUGAGGAGGAGGAGAGGAGAGCACGAGAACGAGCUGAGGAAGAGGAGGCUCGCUGUCUGGAGCGUUUUCUGGAGGCUGAGCCCCUGGACAGCGCCGAGCUCCAUACCUUCACUGACACAAUGCUGCCAGGCUGCUUCCACCUGCUGGACGAGCUGCCAGACACCGUCUAUCGCCUCUGUGACCUGCUUAUGACCGCCAUUAAAAGGAACGGCCCAGAGUACAGAGACCUCAUCCUGCGCCAAGUUGUCAACCAGGUGUGGGAGGCUGCCGAUGUGUUAAUAAAAGCUGCUGUGCCACUCACCACCAGCGACACGAAGACAGUGUCUGAGUGGACCAAACAGAUGGCAACGCUGCCCCAGGCCUCCAACCUGGCCACACGUAUUCUCCUCCUCACUUUGCUCUUCGAGGAGCUGAAGCUGUCGUGUGCACGGAUUGUGGAGAGUAGUGGAGUCCUGACGGUGCUGAUAAAGCUGCUGGAGGUGGUUCAGCCCUGCUUGCAGGCGGCCAAGGAGCAGAAAGACAUCCAGACACCUAAAUGGAUCACUCCAGUGCUCCUGCUCAUUGAUUUCUAUGAGAAAAUGGCCGUUUCCUCCAAACGAAGAGCCCAGAUGAGCAAGUACCUUCAGCCCAAUGGGAAUAAUUGGCGGUGGUUUGAUGACCGUUCGGGCCGCUGGUGCAGCUACAGUGCCAGUAACAACAGCACCAUAGACUCAGCCUGGAGAGCGGGCGAGACCAGCGUCCGUUUCACUGCAGGCCGUAGGAGAUACACUGUACAGUUCAACACCAUGGUUCAGGUGAAUGAGGAGACAGGGAACAGGCGGCCUGUCAUGCUAACAGUGCAGAGAGUACCUCGAAUGCCCAAACCCAGCAAAUCUGGCAAUGCAGCUGACUCUGAGCGAGAGGAAGAACAGAGAGCUAAGAGUGAGGAGACCCAGGCUGAUACAGACCCAGCACCCGUAGCUGUCGAGAUGGCUCCCCCUAAAGAGGAAACGGAGCAGAAGGAGUCGUCCUCAUCCAGUUCCACCGUUCCUGCUGCUUCACAGGACUCCACAUCUGGAUCCAGUGGCAUAGUAGUGCAGGGUUUGACUGAGGAGAUGACCACGGUCCUAAUCCGUGCCUGCGUCAGCAUGAUCAGUGUGCCUGUGGACCCAGACACGCUGCACGCCACGCUUCGCCUAUGCCUGCGCCUCACACGUGUCCACCACUAUGCCAUGAUGUUCGCUGAGCUCAAGAGUACACGCAUGAUCUUGGGCCUGACCCAAAGCUCCGGCUUCAACGGCUUCACACCGCUCGUCACUCUGCUCUUCCGCCACAUCAUUGAGGACCCAGCCACGCUGCGCCACACCAUGGAAAAGGUGGUUCGUUCUGCAGUGACCAGUGGAGCAGGAAGCACCACGUCUGGUGUGGUGUCUGGUAGUUUAGGGUCUCGGGAGAUUAAUUACAUUCUGCGAGUGCUGGGACCAGCGGCCUGCCGGAACCCUGAAGUUUUCACAGAAACUGCCAACAGCUGUGUCCGCAUCGCUCUCCCAGCUCCAAGAGGGGCUGGAACAGCUUCAGAUGAUGAAUUUGAGAACUUCAGAAUUAAGGGUCCAAAUGCUGUACAGUUGGUGAAGACAACACCUCUGAAACUGUCUCCACUGCCACAAAUCCCAGAAACCAUUAAAGACGUCAUCUAUGACAUGCUUAAUGCCUUGGCAGCAUACCAUGCUCCUGAGGAAGCAGAGAGAGGAGAGGAGCGACUGGUGACGGUCCCUGGCAGCCAGGACCUCUGUCAGAUCCUGCAGGAUGUUGGGGAUGAUGUUUAUCAGCAGUACAGACUCACACGGCAAGGGAGCGACUUUGACUCUCAGUCUGCUUUCCACAUAAAUACUCAGGUAUUUGCUGCAGAUGGUGCAGUUGCAGAGUCAUCCCAGUCUGGAACACCUCAGGGAGAGGCCUCAACUCCCGAGGAAAUGCGAGAAGAGAAGAAGGAGCAGGAAGGUGACAGGGGAGGCUCUUCGGAAGAAAGCAGGGCGGCAAAGGCCAAGGCCAGUAAACCCCUGAUGCCCACCUCCACUAUUCUGCGGCUGCUAGCAGAGCUGGUGCGCUCAUAUGUGGGCAUUGCCACACUUAUCGCCACUUACAACUACACCGCUGGCCAGUCCGAGCUCAUUAAAGAGGACUGCAGUGUGCUGGCCUUUGUGUUGGAUCAUCUGCUCCCACACACUCAGAACUCUGAGGAUAAGGACACCCCUGCCCUUGCACGCCUAUUCCUGGCCAGCCUGGCAGCAGCAGGCACUGGCACAGAGGCCCAGGUGACCCUGGUCAACGAGGUGAAGGCUGCUCUGAGCCGAGCUUUGGCAAUGGCAGAGGGCACAGAGAAACAUGCUAGGCUUCAAGCGGUGAUGUGCAUCAUCAGCACCAUUAUGGAGUCGUGCCCCUCCACCUCCAGUUUUUACAGCACAGCCACUGCCAAGACGCAGCACAAUGGCAUGAACAAUAUCAUCCGUCUCUUCCUGAAGAAAGGCCUGGUUAACGACCUUGCUCGUGUGCCCCACAGCCUUGACCUGUCUAGUCCUAACAUGGCAAACACGGUCAAUGCUGCUCUUAAACCACUGGAGACGCUCUCACGCAUUGUCAACCAGCCCAGCAGCUUGUUUGGAGGGAAAGGAGGCUCCAGCAAGAGCAAGACUGAACAUGACACUGUGGGCACGACCAGGGACAGCAACAGCAAUACGCAGGAUCAAGGAGAGGCAGGUGAGGCAGAGCCAGUGGAAAAUAGUCACAGAGGCCAGGCUACAGAUGGGGAUCUGAUGGAUGGAGAGGCGGAAGGGGACACUGUGGUCAUCGCUGGCCAGCCAGAGGUGCUCAGCACCCAGGCUAUGCAAGUGGAGAAUGAGUUGGUAGAUUUGAUAGAUGAACUUUUAGAAAGGGAUGCAGGAACUGUAAAUAGCACCAUCAUCGUUGGUCGCUCUGGAGACGAAGAAUCUCAGGAAGAUGUGCUGAUGGAUGAAGCUCCUUCCAACAUGAGUCAAGCCUCCACUUUGCAGGCUAACAGAGAAGACUCCAUGAACAUCCUGGAGCCAGAGGAUGAGGAGCACACUCAGGAAGAAGACUCGAGCGGCAGUAAUGAAGAUGAAGAUAGUCAGGAUGAAGAAGAAGAGGAGGAGGAGGAGGAGGAAGAAGAUCCGGAUGAUGAAGAGGGAGAUGAGGAUGAUGAUGAUGAAGGCUCAGAGAUGGAACUGGAUGAAGAUUUUCCAGAUAUCAAUGCAGCCCCACAUAUACGAUUCGAGAGAUUUGAUAGAGAUGAUGACCUCAUCAUAGAGUUUGACAACAUGUUCUCCAAUUCUGCUGACAUCCCUCCCUCCCCAGGAAACAUCCCUAGCUCACACCCUCUGAUGGUGCGCCAUGCUGACCACGGAUCCCUCACCCUGGGGGGAACGAGCACCAGUAGCCGCUUGACUCAGGGCAUGGGCCGCAGCCAGCGUACUCUCCGCCAGCUUACCGCUAACACGGGCCACACCAUCCAUGUGCACUAUCCAGGAAACCGCCAACCCAACCCUCCACUCAUUCUGCAGAGGUUGCUAGGUCCCAGUGCAGCGGCAGACAUCCUGCAGCUGUCAAGCUCUUUGCCCCUGCAGUCACGUGGACGUGCCCGUCUACUGGUUGGCAAUGAGGAUGUGCAUAUCAUUGCCCGCUCCGAUGACGAGCUACUGGAUGAUUUCUUCCACGAGCAGAGUAGUGCUGGUGGGCAGGCUGGCACCCUUUCAAGUAUUCCUACAGCCUUAACUAGAUGGACAGAUGAAUGUAAAGUGCUGGAUGCGGAAAGCAUGCAUGAUUGCGUUGCAGUGGUUAAGGUCCCCAUCUUGCAACACCUAGAGAGCCUGCGUGAUGAGGAGCUGGAGGAGCGCAGGGAGAAAAGGAGACUGCAGCUGGCAGAGGAGGAAGAGGCCAAGCAGAAUGAGAGGAGCACCUCUGGAGAAGAGAGCAGGGAGCAAACGCUGCAGGGUACUACAAUAGGAACUGUAAAUGGAGCAGGAGAAAACUCAGCAGCGGAGGGAGAGCGAGCCCAGGGUGGGGUGUCUUCAUGUGUGGAUCCAUCCCGCUCCUCUGAGGGCUUCCUCACAGCGCCCCCUUCAGGAGACGUCACCCCCACUGCCCCUCACGAACAGGCUUUGGUUUCAUUAGAGACGGCCAUCAGUCAGCAAGUACAUCAGCCAAUCGCAGAGCUCCUGCUCGCUGACUCACGUGCUGAUUCUCUUGGGGCACUGGCGGGGGCUGUACCUCAGCUCUCAGCUCCUGAUAGGCCAAACUGCGAAGCAGAAGCUUCUCAGAUGGAAAUGUCACCUGCCUCCACUGGGGGUGAGAGGGCAGGAGGAGCAGCCUUGGACACAGUUAGAGAAGCCUCUCUGAGCCCAGAUAUAGCAGAGAGUUCUGAGCCUGUGCCAGUGGUAUCGCAGCUAGAGGGUUCACCUAUGGAUACGAGCAGCCCUGCCUCUGCAACACAGGAAGAACCUGCCCCCAGUUCAGCACAGCCCAAUCACAUGUCUCAAGAACUGUCAGGAAGUGGCGAAAGUGGGCUGACUGACAGGCAAACAGAUGCAGAUACAGGCUCAACUUCUGUGUCCUCUCCUGGUGAGACCAUGCCUCGGAGUGACAGUGCUGAUAGCCAGUCCCAGGCCAUCCAAGAGGAGCCCCUCCCAUCCACCAGCAACGUGGAAGAUGAUCCACUUGCAGGAAUCAGUCUGCCAGAAGGUGUGGAUCCCUCUUUCUUGGCUGCGUUGCCCGAGGACAUCCGUCGAGAGGUGCUGCAGAACCAACUGGGUAUCAGACCCCCCUCUCGCCCCUCUGUAUCCUCUUCCAUGUCCUCCUCAGCAGCCGCAGUACUGGGAGGAAGCCCUGGGGUGACCGAAGUCAGCCGUGAAUUUCUGGCUGCACUGCCGCUUGCCAUUCAGGAGGAGGUUUUGGCUCAGCAGAGGGCAGAGCAGCAGCGGCGUGAGCAGUCCCAGCAGCCCCCUCAGGGAGACCAGCCCCUGGACCCAGUCACGUUCAUACAGACAUUGCCGUCCGAACUCCGUCGCUCUGUUCUGGAGGACAUGGAGGACAGCGUGCUGGCCGUCAUGCCCCCGGACAUUGCGGCCGAGGCUGCAGCGCUGCGCCGGGAGCAGGAAGCUCGUCAGAGGCAAAUGAUGCAUGAACGCUUGUUCGGCCACAGUUCUUCCUCUGCCCUCUCAGCUAUUCUGCGCUCACCUGCCUUCACUAGCCGUCUAGGUGGGAACCGUGGUGUGCAGUACACUCGCCUGGCUGUGCAGAGAGGCGGAACCUUCCAGAUGGGCGGCAGCUCCAACCACAGUCGCCCAUCUAGCUCCAACGUGGAUUCCCUGUUGCGCCUCAGAGGGCGUCUCCUCCUGGACCACGAGGCUCUGUCAUGCCUCCUGGUGCUUCUUUUUGUGGAUGAACCCAAGCUGAACACGAGUAGGCUGCACCGUGUGCUCAGGAACCUGUGCUACCACUCACAGACACGUGGCUGGGUGAUCCGCAGCCUGCUCUCCAUCCUUCAGCGCAGCAGUGAGAGCGAGCUCUGUCUGGAGACAGCCCGACUUGAUGAGGCUCGAGGCAAACGCACACAAGGUCAGGGGCCAUCUGGUGCCAGCAAGGGCUCUUCCUCAACCUCAGUGUCCUCUUCUUCAUCCUCCUCUUCCUCUCUGGAGCUUCUGAACCGAGUGGAGUCGCGCAGUUCAAGUCAGCUCUCAUGGCUCUCUGUGUCCAUGGAUGCGGCGCUGGGCUGCAGGACCAACAUCUUCCAGAUCCAGCGGGCCUCUGGCCGGAAGCAUGCAGACAGACAUUCGGCAGGAGGAGCUGUGGGCUCUGCGGGUCUGGGUGGAGGAGUUUCAGGAACUGGAGCAGGAGUCGGCUGCGCAGGAGGAGGAGGUUCUACAGUGCACAUUCACCCACAAGCUGCCCCUGUUGUCUGUCGCCACGUACUGGAUACCCUUAUUCAGCUGGCCAAGGUUUUCCCCAGCCACUUCACGCAGCAGCGCUGCAAGGACCCACAGUCGUCUUCUUCCUCCUCUGAGUUGGACUCUCGCCUGUGUAGUAGUUCUGCCUCCACAGCUGGAGGAGGCUGCAGAUCAGGUGGUGGUAGCCAGACAAAUAUCUCUGGUACACCCAACACCCCCUCCUCUACCCACAACUCCCUCAGCUCCUGUACAGGCACCCCACAGUCCUUGGGCAUCUCCACCGACUUCUGGGACCUACUAGUCAAGCUGGACAACAUGAAUGUCAGUCGUAAAGGCAAGGCUUCCAUGAAGACCGUGCCUCUGGGGGCAUCUGGAGAGACUGAGGGAGCUCAGUUGAGUUUGGAAGCAUCUCCACUGGGCCAACUGAUGAACAUGCUGUCUCACCCUGUUAUCCGCCGCAGCUCUCUGCUCACUGAGAAGCUCCUGCGGCUGCUCUCGCUCAUCUCGAUCGCUCUGCCUGACAACAAGGCCACUGAGGUGCCAGCUGGCCACCCUGUGCCUCAGGCACCCUCUUCUGUUUCUGCAGCUCCCACGGCUCAGGUCACUGCCGGAUCAGUGGGUACGGCGGCUAGCCAGGGCGCGGCAGCAGGAGCGGUGCCCGCAUCUCAACCAGUUUCCACAGCUACUGCGGCUACAACCACAGCUACUGCAGCUACAACCACAGCUGGCAAACAGAAAGCAAGUGGGAGCAGCACAGACAUCGACACCAAGUUGGCCUCCACUGGACUAACAGAGAAACAGCUGCAGCUCUCUGUAGAGGUGCUGACGUCCCACUCAUGUUCAGAGGAGGGCUUGGAGGACGCAGCCAACAUCCUCCUGCAGCUGUCAAGAGGGGACAGCCAGACCCGAGACACUGUGCUCAGACUGCUGCUCAGCGGGGCCCGCCACCUAGGCUACACGCUCUGCAAACAAAUCGGCACUUUACUGGCGGAGUUGCGGGAGUAUAACCUGGAGCAGCAGAAGAGAGCACGGGCUGAUGCCCAGUCUCCAGAGGCAGCUCAUGAAGACCCCUCCAUCACUGCUCGCCUCAAGGGCAAGAUGACCAGCAGGUUUGACGGAUCCGAGAGUGUGGUGAUUGUGGCUGCUCAGAAGCGCACGUUGGGUGGCCGGGAGCUCCAGCUGCCCUGCAUGAGCUCACUUACCUCUAAGACCUCUACGCAGAAAUUCUUCCUGCGAGUGCUACAGGUCAUCAUACAGCUGAGGGAGGACACACGCCGUGCCAACAAGAAGGCCAAGCAGACUGGAAAACUGAGUUCCAGUAGUCUGAGCUCUACCAGUAGUAUUCAGGCUGCGGUUCGCCAACUGGAAGCUGAAGCAGACGCUAUUAUUCAGAUGGUGAGAGAGGGGCAGCGGGCACGCCGCCUCCAGCAGGCUGCCCCGCCCUCUGCAUCCUCCUCCUCCACUUCCUCUGCUGCUGCUUCUGGAUCGUCUGUGGUGGCUGGUCAUGUCCCCAGCACUGCUGCAAGCAACACCCCGCCCGCCGGCUCAGCCAGCUCUGCCACGUCGGAGAUGCAUCCUGCAGCAGAGCCCCCAGCGGCACAGAGGGAUGACUCUCCCAUGGACGUGGACCAGCCCUCGCCUCUGGAGCAGGACCAGGCCCCGUCUGGUGAGGAGACCAGUAGUCAGCAGGAGCAGGAGGAGCGGCUUCCCGAUUUGCCCCUGCUGAGCGAGCAGCUCUUAUUGGACGAGCUGUGGGACAUGCUGGGCGAGUGUCUCAAAGAGCUGGAGGAGUCACAUGAUCAGCAUGCUGUUCUGGUCUUGCAGCCAGCGGUGGAGGCCUUCUUUCUGGUGCAUGCUACAGAGCGCGAGAGCAAACCACCUGUGCGAGACACUCGAGAGAGCCAACUGUCCCACAUCAAAGACGAGCCUCCUCCACUGUCCCCCGCCCCACUCACACCCGCCACCCCAUCCUCGCUUGACCCCUUCUUCUCCAGAGAGCCCUCCUCCAUGCACAUCUCCUCCAACUUGCCUCCAGACACCCAAAAGUUUCUCCGUUUCGCUGAGACCCACAGAACAGUGCUUAACCAGAUCCUGCGCCAGUCCACCACACACCUGGCUGAUGGCCCUUUUGCUGUCCUGGUGGACUACAUUCGUAUUCUUGACUUUGAUGUCAAGCGCAAGUAUUUCCGUCAGGAACUGGAGCGCCUGGAUGAGGGUCUGAGGAAGGAGGACAUGGCUGUUCAUGUGAGGAGAGACCAUGUCUUUGAGGACUCCUACAGAGAGUUGCACCGCAAGAGCCCAGAGGACAUGAAGAACAGACUGUACAUUGUGUUUGAAGGAGAAGAGGGCCAGGAUGCUGGUGGUCUGUUGAGAGAGUGGUACAUGAUCAUCUCCCGAGAAAUGUUUAACCCCAUGUAUGCUCUUUUCCGCACAUCACCUGGAGACCGGGUCACCUACACCAUCAACCCGUCCUCUCACUGCAAUCCCAACCAUCUCAGCUACUUCAAGUUUGUGGGGAGGGUGGUGGCCAAGGCUGUGUACGAUAACAGACUGCUGGAAUGCUACUUCACACGCAGCUUCUACAAACACAUCCUGGGGAAGAGUGUUAGGUACACUGACAUGGAGAGUGAGGAUUAUCCUUUCUUCCAAGGCCUGGUCUACCUGCUGGAGAAUGAUGUGUCCACACUGGGCUAUGAGCUGACAUUCAGCACUGAGGUCCAGGAGUUUGGGGUGUGUGAGGUGAGAGAUCUAAAGCCCAAUGGGGCCAACAUCUUGGUGACUGAAGAGAAUAAGAAGGAGUAUGUGCACCUGGUCUGCCAGAUGAAGAUGACUGGUGCAAUUCGUAAACAGCUGGCAGCCUUUCUGGAGGGCUUCUAUGAGAUCAUCCCCAAGAGGCUCAUCUCCAUCUUCACAGAGCAGGAGCUGGAGCUGCUCAUCUCAGGCCUGCCAACCAUUGACAUCGAUGAUCUUAAGGCCAAUACAGAGUACCACAAGUACCAGUCCAGCUCUAUCCAAAUCCAGUGGUUCUGGCGUGCACUGCGCUCCUUCGACCAGGCAGACCGUGCUAAGUUUCUGCAGUUCGUCACAGGCACGUCCAAAGUGCCUCUGCAGGGCUUCGCUGCACUGGAGGGCAUGAACGGCAUCCAAAAGUUUCAGAUUCACCGUGAUGACCGCUCCACCGACCGCCUGCCCUCUGCACACACUUGCUUUAACCAGCUGGAUCUCCCAGCGUAUGAGAGCUACGAGAAGUUGAGACACAUGCUGCUGCUGGCCAUUCAGGAAUGCUCAGAGGGCUUCGGACUGGCCUAAGGACUUUUCCUCAAUCCACAUGCGCGCGCACACCCGACACUGAUUUAGACUCACAUAAUGUUAACUUAUGACACACACAGACAUAUUCACACUAUUGUAGAGACGGCCAAGACCUACUUCUUUCUAAUCCGUGUAAAAGGACGACUGAGUGAGUGAGACAGACAUAUUGACAUUGCCUACUACACACAAAGCCUCUCAUCGACACACAGAACUGUAUUUUUGGUAUAUUUGUGUGUCUCCCAUCCCAAUUAAAAUGCCGGCCUGAGACGGUCUGGAGGAUUUACGUGGACUAAUACAAAGACCUUUUCCCAUUUAGUUUUUCUUCUCUGUAAAAAAAAAAAAAAAAAAAAGGUUUGGGAGUUUAUUGUUUAAUCAUUUUUGUUCCUCUCUGGCUGUUAAAAUAAGAAGGUUGCUUGUGUGUGUGAAAAGGAUGGUUAUAAAACUUUGGGGUGGGAUGGAGAAGAUUGAUUGUCCUCUGUUGCUAAUGUGUGACCUCACUAGCUUUGAAAAUGGGGAGCUGGGGGGAGGGGGGUUGGAGUUUAGAGUUUUGAUGAACUUGCGAAAAUGCAGGGACUUUUCAAAAGGUGACAUUUUUAGGCAACUUUUGUGGUAUUUUUGGGAAGGAUCACACAGAUUAGUGAAAGUGAAGGACUGAUAAGAACCACGGGCCUUCUGACAUGUGGUUAUGAGACUGCUGAAACAGCAGCCAAACAGAGAAUAAAUUGCUACGUAAAUAAAUGCAUAAAAAAGGA